AGUCAACUCAAAAUGGGUCACAACUGGUCUCUCGGUUUUAGGGUUCUCGCUUGAGAGCAACAUCUUUACUUUAAUACUUAAAUAGAAGUAAGAGAAACAGCUCGUCUCUCUGCUCCUCAACUCACUCACUCGCUCACAAACAAAUCCGUCUAUCAUUUCAGCUUAUUUUAUUAUUCACUUCUGGUGGGGCUGCACAUGGACCAGUACGAGAAAGUAGAGAAGAUUGGUGAAGGAACCUAUGGCGUUGUCUACAAGGCUCGUGACCGUGUUACCAAUGAAACAAUUGCUUUGAAGAAGAUUCGCUUAGAGCAGGAAGACGAAGGUGUACCUAGCACUGCAAUUAGAGAAAUCUCGCUCUUGAAGGAAAUGCAACAUGGAAAUAUCGUUAGGCUGCAGGAUGUAGUGCACAGUGAGAAGCGUUUAUAUUUGGUCUUUGAAUAUCUGGACUUGGAUUUAAAGAAGCACAUGGAUUCAUGUCCAGAGUUUGGGAAAGAUCCACGAAUGAUUAAAACCUUCCUUUAUCAAAUUCUCCGUGGAAUUGCUUAUUGUCAUUCUCAUAGGGUUCUUCACCGAGAUCUAAAACCGCAAAAUUUGCUUAUAGAUCGCGGUACCAAUGCACUGAAGCUUGCUGAUUUUGGUCUGGCCCGAGCAUUUGGUAUUCCUGUUAGAACAUUUACGCAUGAGGUUGUUACCCUGUGGUACAGAGCACCCGAAAUACUGCUUGGAUCACGCCAUUAUUCGACUCCUGUUGAUGUGUGGUCCGUGGGCUGCAUUUUUGCUGAGAUGGUGAACCAACGGCCAUUAUUUCCUGGGGAUUCUGAGAUUGAUGAACUAUUCAAGAUCUUCAGAAUCUUGGGUACUCCAAAUGAGGAUACAUGGCCUGGAGUGACUUCAUUGCCUGAUUUUAAGUCUGCUUUUCCGAAGUGGCCGUUUCAGGAUUUGGCAACUGUUGUUCCAAAUCUUGAAUCCAGUGGCAUUGACCUUCUUUCUAAAAUGCUGUGCAUGGAUCCCAGCAAAAGAAUUACGGCAAGAAGUGCUCUUCAGCAUGAAUACUUGAAGGAUGUUGGGUUUGUACCCUAAUGAUAGGGUUGUGGACCCCCUCCCCCAACUAGCUUCCUGGGAAGUGUCUAUAUAACUAAUGUGCUGUGUAGCAAUUUGUGGGAUUUUUAAUCGUGAGAAAUUAAAUGGUGUGGCCUAUAUAUCCUAUUUUUCUGUGUUUUGUUUGGCCGUGAGUUUUUUUUUUUUUUGACCUUUGUUUUGCUAUUGGAAAAACACUUUUCCCUUAUAACUUCGCCUAGCUACUAAUCUACAAGACAUUCCUUUA